ACAUUAUAGCAGCAAAAGCAUAGCCCCCGGGACCCCUCUUAGAAAAACUGGUGUUUCUGUCUUUCAGAUCCGAUCUCAAACGCCGAUCCACACCCUAGCUUACCGUGGUCUCUCCCCAUCGCCGGAAGAUGAUGAAGAAGAUCAAACGCUGCGGCUCUAAGCAACCCGUCAAUGCCCAAGAUAAUCACCAAGAUUGUCAGAUCAGAGUUCGUGAGCUCGAACAACAAAAUAAUUCCCAUCAGAAGGAGAUUGAAGAGCUUAAGUACAAGCUUGCAAAUGUUCCUUCCAAUUCUACUGAUAGUGCUAUGAAGGUCAAAGAGGAUUAUCUUCAAAAGUUGACUACCCUUCAAGAUCAGGUUGCGGAUUUGAAGAAUAAGCUAGAAAUUAAGUCUCAAUUCUCAGUCCAAAGAUCAAAGGGCGAUGAAGCAACAAGAAGGUUGCAAUUUGAGAUUCAGAAUUUGAAGGCUCAAAAGGUUCAACUGCAAUGUAAGCUGAAGGUAGAGUCUCUGCAGUUCAGGUUAAGCAAGGCUUCACAUGAAAAAGAAAUUCUUCAGCUCAGGAGAGAGUAUAGAAGGAAUCAGUUUCAGAUGAAUAAGCUUUUAGAUUCUAAUCAGAGAUUAAAGAUGGUUGUGCAACGUAAGGCUGUAGAAGCUUCCAUGGCUACCAAAAGGCUAAAAGAGCUGUUCGAAUCUCGACAAGCUUUGUCACACAGAAGUAGAGCAUCUGGUACCAGAAAUGAGACCAAGACAGGAAUUCAGAGAUUGGGGCAUGAAUCCGAACUAACGACACUGCAUGCAUUAUGUGCUGAAUAUGAACGUCAAAUGGAUGUAAUGGCUGAGGAGCGUGCCAAGCUAAAGGAAGAAGUUGAGGAACUGAGGCAAGAGAAUUUAAGGUACCAACUGGAGGAGAAAGAAGCUCUUUCCUUGGAGAAGGGUUUUGACAUAAAUGAGUUGAAGGAAGAAGUAGUUAGCAUUAGUGGUUUGUUUAGACAAUUAAGAUUACAAAAGGCUGAACUUGACCAAGACAAGUCACAGGAGGUGUCAGGCCAUUCUUCUACAUUUGUUGCAAGUAUUCUGUCCACAGAGGACACCACAUGUAUAUCAGGAUCAGAAAAUUCAAUACCAAGUAUAGCUGCAAGGAACAAGAAUGAAUCAAGUACAUGCUGCUCGUGCAGUAAGAAAUCUUUGUGCAAAACAUCGAAGUGCAUAUGUCGUAGCAAUGGCGGAAGCUGUGGGACAUCAUGUGGCUGCAUAGCUUCAAAGUGCUCUAACAGAGUAGCAUUGCCAAUUCAGUUGAAUGACUCGCCAGGACCAGAGAUUGCAGAAGCCAAAGUUAAUAGUUUGAAGAUAGCAGAGACAAGAAAAGAUGCCACUGAUGCUUCCCAUGGUGCAAUGCUACUUCAGAAUGCACUUGAGCAGCAGCUGACUGAGAAGAAUGACCAUCAGGGGUCAUACAAGAAACCUUUAUCUGACAUUGGAAAUAUACGGAUGCGUCAAGGGCGUAAAAUUUGAUAGUAUUGUUGUUUAGGAUUGCGUUGGAUAGAUUGACUCAUUUGUUUGAUUUUGAGACUGUAAAAAACAACAUAAGGAUUCAGUUUUUGAUGUAAUUUCAAUUGGAAAAAGAAAAAUGGCACAGAAGCUUCCCGUGGUGCAA